AUGUUUCAGGAAUCAGACUUUAUCCGAGAAGUUGCUAGUUGCUUAGAAGAUUCAUUGAUUACUUGGCCCAAUGAUACAUGGAAAGAUUCUCUUCUUAAAUCCAAUUAUGACAAAGAACUUAAGAGAGGAUAUCCCAUCAGACCAGAACUCCUUCAAGCAAUUGAAGAAUCAAAAAUUUCAAUUAUCAUCCUCUCGCAAAACUAUGCUUUUUCCACUUGGUGUUUGGAUGAACUUACCAAGAUUGUUCAAUGCAUGGAUUCUUGGGGACAUAUGGUGAUUCCAAUUUUUUAUGAUGUGGAUCCAUCAGUAGUAAGAAAACAAAUCGGAAACUUUAAUGAAGCCUUUGCAGGACAUGAAGAUACUUUCAAGGAGGAUGUGGGAAAGGUCCAAACAUGGAGGAGAGCCUUAACAAAGGUGGCCAAUCUAUGUGGAUGGGAUGCAAAGAACAGGUAUGAAUCUGAACUCAUAAAAGACAUCGUCAAGGAAAUAUUAAAUAAAAUUAAUACUUCAGCUUCGGUAAAUAUCAAGAAUUUGGUAGGAAUAAAUUCACGUUUGGGGAGUAUAAGGAAUCUUAUAGGUACUGAACCUGAUGUUCGAAUGAUUGGCAUCUUUGGAAUGGCAGGGAUAGGAAAAACAACUAUUGCAAGAGCUAUUUAUAUGUCGAUUUCUAGUGAAUUUGAAGGUAAUUGUUUUCUUGCUAAUGUUGGCGAAAUUUCAGACAAAUAUGAUGGUUUGGUUUCUUUACAAAGGUAUGAAUCUGAACUCAUAAAAGACAUCGUCAAGGAAAUAUUAAAUAAAAUUAAUACUUCAGCUUCGGUAAAUAUCAAGAAUUUGGUAGGAAUAAAUUCACGUUUGGGGAGUAUAAGGAAUCUUAUAGGUACUGAACCUGAUGUUCGAAUGAUUGGCAUCUUUGGAAUGGCAGGGAUAGGAAAAACAACUAUUGCAAGAGCUGUUUAUAUGUCGAUUUCCAGUGAAUUUGAAGGUAAUUGUUUUCUUGCUAAUGUUGGCGAAAUUUCAGACAAAUAUGAUGGUUUGGUUUCUUUACAAAGGCAACUUCUUUGCCAAAUUCUAAGGGAAAAGGAAAGAAAAAUAAGCAUAUGGGAUAUCGACAUGGGAAUUUGUGAGAUUAAAAACAGGCUGCAACAUAGAAAAGUUCUUGUUGUUAUCGAUGAUGUGACUCAUAUAAACCAGUUAGAAUUUCUAGCGGGAGAAUCUACUUGGUUUGGUUUAGGUAGUAGAAUCAUAAUAACAACGAGAAAUAAACAUUUGUUGAAAAUACAACGUGUGAAUGAGACGUAUGAAGCUGAGGAACUAAAUCAUGAUGAAGCUGUUCAACUUCUCAGCUUGAAAGCCUUCAAAGACCAUCAACCUUCAGAAGGCUACCAAGAGCUGUCCAAUCGUGUUGUAAGCUAUGCUAGUGGUAAUCCAUUAGCUCUCGAAGUUUUGGGUUCUUUUUUGUUUGGAAGAACUAUGGAUGAAUGGAAAGAUGCUCUAAAAAGAUUGAGCAAAGAUUCUAACAAGGAGAUUUUGGAUAGACUACAAAUAAGUUUUAAUGGACUAGAAGAAUCUGAGAAAAAGAUAUUUCUUGAUAUUGCGUGUUUCUUUAAAGGUCAUGAUAGAGAUUAUGUGACAAGAAUACUAGAUGGCUCUGGUUUCUAUCCAAUUAUUGGCAUAAACUGUCUCAUUGAGAAAUGUCUCAUAACUGUUUCAACAAACAAUCAAUUGUGGAUGCAUGAUUUGUUACAAGAAAUGGGUCGACAAAUUGUUAAGAAAGAAUGUCCUAAUGAACCUGGACAACGAAGUCGACUGUGGGAGGAAGCCGACAUUCGUCAUGUGUUGACUAAAAAUACAGGAUCUGAACGAGUUGAAGGCAUCAUGGUUGACAAAGAAUUAAAUUUGAGUGCAAGUGCUAAAGCUUUUUCAAAUAUGAUUAAUCUAAGAUUACUCAAAAUCCACAAUGUGCAACUUCCUGAAGGUAUAGAGUACCUUUCCCAUAAGUUGCUCAUACUGGAAUGGCAUGGAUAUCCUUUGAAAUCCUUGUUACUACCAAAUUUGCAAUUUGAUGAAAUUAUUGAACUUGACAUGAGCAAUAGCAGCAUCGAGCACCUAUGGGAGGGAAGCCAAAAUUUGGAAAAAUUGAACUCCAUCAAUUUGAGGAAUUGUCGAAAAUUGACCAAAACUCCAGACUUCAUAGGAAUCUCAAAUCUUGAGAAGGUGAUUCUUGAAGGAUGCAUAAUGUUACGAGAGAUUCACCCAUCUUUGUUUGUUCACAAAAACAUCAUUGUUUUGAGCUUGAGAAAUUGUAUAAAUCUUACUUUUCCAAGCAAGAUUUAUAUGGAAUCCCUUCAACUUCUGGAUCUCUCUGGCUGCUUCCAACUUCAAAGUUCAGAAGAAGAAAGUUUAGAGAGGAAAUUUAACAUAGGGAGAGAUGCAACAAGAAAACUUAAAAUUAUGAAAUCGCCCCUUCUUAUUGUAGAGAUUCUUAAAAAUCUUUUUUCUCAUGGAUACAGAGGACCAUCACUAAGCAGACAAAAUCCCAGAUGGUAUUCACGGCUAAUUGCUGGUUGGAUGCCAAGAAGAAGUUCAAACGCGCUUAAUUGUCGGCUGCCUUCUUUGCUAGGUUGUCAUUCUUUAACGGAUUUGAAUCUCAGUGACUGUAAUUUGAGGGAAGACGCAUUGCCCAAGAAAUUUUGGGACUUACGGGGACUAAGGAGUUUAGAUUUAAGCAGAAACAAUUUUGUCUCACUACCUGAAAGCAUAAGUCGUCUUUCAAUGAUCGACACUUUUUCAUUGGAGGGCUGCAAGAACCUUCAAUCUCUUCCAGAAGUUCCGUUCAUGACGUCGUUUCUUAAAGUAAGUGGUUGUGUUUCACUAGAUAUUUCGUCAGUUCAAAAAAGAUUUUGGGGGUUGUUCACAAACUUGGUUUGUGUUUUUGCUGUGAAUUGCCCAAACUUGCACCGCUGCACCAGAGCUACGGCAUUUUCAGUUCUGAAAGAUUACCUUGUACUCUACAUCAGUUUCCAUCGCUCCCGCAAUCCUAAUUUUUCAAUUACACCAUACCGGAGAAGGUUAUUUCAUGUCGCAGCUCCUGGAAACGAAAUUCCGGAGUCUUUCCAUCAGAAAGAGGGUUCUUCAAUAAUAAUACAUAGGCAUCCUGAUGUGUAUAACAAUAGUAAGUUGGUCGGAUAUGUUAUGUGCUGUGUUUUUGUUGUCAAUAAACAUCCACCUUGGGAAGACGAUUGCAUCCCGUUGAGUUACGGUGACAGACAUCGGAUUCGCUUCUACUCAUCUUCUGUUGACAAACAUAUUUGUGAAGUUGUUCCUGCUGUUUCAUUUGAAGCUGAGAAAUCUGGCCAGGCUAUGUCAGAUCAGACUUGGUUAAUAUUCUUUUCUCGGAGAGAAUGCAAGGAAAUAUGUAACCCCAUUAAGGGUUCAUUUAGAGUGGUGAGGGGAGCUGGAUUAGAGGUGAAGAGGUGUGGAGCUCGUCCGAUAUAUGAAAAAGAAGUGGAAGAUCUAUUCAAUGAGUCCAGUAACUCAGCUUUCUCGAAUUUAAAUAUAUUCCCUUAUGAAGAUUUUGUUGAAUCAACCAUGGAUAAUCAAUCAGAAUCCACAGACCUAGAGCGCAGUGUAAGUUCCAGCUGUGACCUGGAAACAAGAGCUGCUGCUAUCGACGAUUUAUUUGGUCAUCUGAAUCAACCGGCGUCGGAGCUAAAAGAUUUUGUUGGUAGAUCAACAACAGAUGUAAUUGUCAACAUUAACCAAAGCAUUGUUAGAAAUAAAGAGGCCGAAUCUAGUGCAAGUAACCGCUGUGAGGAGGAAACAAAAUUUGCUGUCAACAAGUUUCUCAAUACAUUGGUGCCGGAGAUAAAAGAUUUUGUUAGAUCGACCACCAAGCGAGGACGUGAUGAGGCAGAAUCUGGUGAAAAUAGUUGUUGUGACAAUGACGAACCACAAGCUAAAAGAACUAAAGUAGAAAUCUCAAUUGUAGGCAAAAGGCCAGGAAUUGAAUCCUAUGGAUUUGUUCUCUGAAUAUAUCAGUACGAGCUAGAAUCUUAUGAGUGUGUGAUAAAGUUGGUAAAGAUAAAAGACUUCAACUUUUUCUUGUUUCAAUAAAUCUUGAACAACUAAAUUUGUGUUGCGUAUGCUUAAAAGUUGAUAUGUCCGAAGAGAUGACAUCAAAUAUUCUAUUUGGACAUCAACAUGUGUGAGUUAUUGGAUUUAUGUUCUUAAUUUGCUUGUGUGAAUUAAU